AGAGAGGCAAAAUGGCUUCCACUCCUGAACAGGUUGUGUGUACGCCGACAUUCGUUUUUCCAGCGGCUUUUCCGGGUGUUGUUGCCAAUGCAAUGAGAGCAAGAGGAACACAAAACACAGGAAUCGAAAUAUGUGCACGCACAGAACAAUUACUGAUGAGUAGUGUAAUCCCCUCGACCCUCACAGAGUACAAAGAUAGUCACCCCUACAUCAGACAAGAUUUCGAUCCUCGUUCCCAUCUGGCAAAAUUUUAUCCAAACACUGGGACAACGGCAACCCCUCCACCUCCACAACUACAACCUCAAGAAGAAGCCCAGAAACCAAAAAUGUCUAUUGCUGGAAACCGUAGUUUAGGUGUUAAAACACACACCCUUUUGGCUAAUAAUGACUAUGUCACAAGUAGCAGAAAUAUGCUGCUUUCUUCUACUGGUGUUGCUACAACUGCUGCUUUCCCAGGAGUUGAUCCAACUAAAAUAGUUUCUGCAGCUGCUGCCCAGGCAGCAGCAAUAGUGGCUGCUGCAGAAAAUCGGGAGGAUACGAAAGAGAAGCUUUGGCCCUGCCCAGCUUGUAAGGUACCAUUCAAGACGGCCUCUGAGCUGCAAGCUCACUUGUCCCAUCACACUAAGGGUGAAAGAACGGUUCCAUGUGAAGUCUGUGGUAAGUUAUUCGUGUCAGCAGAGAGGGUUCGAGUUCACAUGCGUGCAGCUCAUGGAGAAAAGUCUUGUUCUUGUGACAUUUGUGGCAGUGGCUUCAGCUAUCGCUGUAAGUUGUUGGAUCACAUGCGUACCCACACUGGUGACAAGCCAUUCCACUGUGAUGUCUGUGGAAAGAGCUUCUCCCAGAAGAACCACUUGACUCGCCACUCCAUGAUCCACACAGGAGAACGCCCAUAUCCUUGUGACUUUUGUGGGCGAGGUUUCUACCGAAAAGACAAACUGUCUCGGCACAGGCGUAUUCACACAGAGAGUCUGGGAAUUCACGCCCCUUCUGCACAGGCAGAAAAAAACUGUUCUUGUGAGAUCUGUGGCAGUGGCUUCAGCUACCGAUGCAAGUUAUUAGACCACAUGAGGACCCACACUGGUGAUAAGCCUUUCCACUGUGAUGUGUGUGGAAAGAGCUUCUCCCAGAAGAACCACUUGACUCGGCACUCUAUGAUCCACACAGGAGAACGCCCCUAUCCCUGUGACUUUUGUGGGCGAGGUUUCUACCGAAAAGACAAGCUGUCUCGGCACAGGCGUAUUCAUACAGCUCCAACAAGCACUGGAAGACAACAACGAGCCAUGGGACCAACCAACAAUUUGAGUGUUCCCAUCAGCACCAGUAUCAGUAUGCCUACUAGUACCCCAAGUACUAGUAGCACUGAAACUAAGCUUUCUCAACCUAAUGCUAGCACCAGCAACAACCCUGUGGAGCUUAACCUACAACCCACCCCCAACCCUUUUAGAGCUUCUCCCUUCAAGCCAGAGUGGCAAGGUCCUCCACCAGGAGUUCACUGAGCAACUCUAGCCUUCACUGGCACUGAUGACUUGACUCAAGUUCAGGCAGGCUUGCAGUCCUUUUCCUUAUCUUUUUUUUUGUCUCUCAUUCAGUCCAGUAGAUCUGGGACUUUAUGCUGUUUUUAGAAACUACAAAUAACAAUAUGAUAUUAAAAUAUGUAUUGCUAGAAGUAACAAAUUUUCUUCAGUGAUGUUGUAUAUUCUUUCAGCGAAUACCAGCAAGUAUGUAUAAGUUAGAAAAGAAAAGGUGGAAGUCAAAAAUGUCGUCAUGUAAGAAGUCAAAAAUGUCUUUGGAAAUGGUUUUCAUCUUUUGAGAGAUCUACAGCUCACACUGUAAUAUAUAUGGUCAAUGUUUUCAUUUAUGACAGUUUUAAAUUGUUUUAUAUUCACUUGUUAUAUCAGAGCUAAUUGUUUAAUUAAUUUUCUUUUAUGAUUGUUGCUGUUUUAACGUAGAUUUUUAUUGUGGCUUUUCCCACUGUGUAAUACAUGAUUUGGUGGUAAUAGUUUCAUUUUAAUUACUAGCACGUAGAUGUGGUUGUGAAAUGAUGAUUGUCUUGGUAUAGCCAGUAGAUUUUCAAGUGUUUAGAUACAGGUUUUGAUUCACUAGAUUCACAUCAAAAUGAUCAGAUUUGUUGUUCUUGCUUUUUAGUCAUCAUUGAGUCUCUGGUGUUUCAAUUUCAAAUAAUGGUUAAACUACUUUUCAUCAAGAAAAUUGUAUGUUUUAAUACUUCGAUGUAAUUCACAGUUUAUAUUAGGAAAUAAAACAUUUGCUUGUAUGUACAGAUGUGCUGGGGGAGCUCCCAUAUUAUGUUAGUUCACAUUUCUGGGAAUAUUCACUGCUACAUAUACUGGUAGCUUUCUCUAAUGUACAGUUUUUCUAUAAGCUUCUUUUUUUAAUGAGUAUCAACCUUGUACACUUGAAGAAAUGUCCUUAUAACUGAAUAAAUAACUGAUUCCUUGUCUUUUGUUUCUCACUCUUAUCUGACCUCUACAAUCCAUUUAUCUCAAAAUGUAAUCUUGUUAUCCAGUUAACCUCCAGAUGCUCAUUUCAAAUAUUAAAUUGUUACAAGCUUAUGAGUAUAUUCAAUUGUCAUACUAGAAAGUUGAGAAAUUAAGCACCAACUCUCCAAAAACAGUGGCUCCAGUUGAGUUUUAAGACCAAUAUUUUGGCCAUGGACAUACAUCCUAAUUGCAUUUUGGUAACAAUUUG